GUCCGAUGGUAGGACAGGUUCUGUGCUCAUCCGGCGGUUCAGUAUAAAACUGAACGUUCUGAUGCGCACCAGUGACAGUACGGUGCGAGAAGUGACAAAGCUGAGAUCCAGAAGUUGAUCUCUGUGCCGGUCGAUGCGAGUGGGAUUCAAAUUCGUGGAAAAAGAACUUUACCCCCCCCCGUACGCCACGGGUACGGAAGUGGACUAGUGGAAGUGAACUGAGUGUGAUUUGUGAUUUGAGUGAGCUUGUGCAAUGAUGAUGCGAUCGCUAGUGUUUGCAGUGAGUUUGGCGCUUCUUCACGCGCACGUGGAGGCGAAUCCACGCUUCAAUGGAUACACGUACGAUACGCCAGAAUUCACUGGGUAUCACUAUACGACGCCGUCCUGUGGUUUGCCGCCACCAUGCACAGACACCACCACGGUCGUCCAGCCAACCUACAUUACCAAGACGUCCGUGUCCACCGAUGUCCGGACCCAGAUCAUCCCAACCACCGUCACUAGCCGCACGACGCUCUACACGACGAACGUGCUGACGGAAACGAAAACGUUACCACCCGUUACCGCCACCAAAACCUCCAUCCGUACCAGCACCGUUACCUCCCGCACAACGGACACAACUUUCCUCACCGAAACGGAAACGGAAACGAAAACCAAAACGGACUACCUAACCAAAACUUCGAUCUCGACGAGAGUCAUCCCGACGACCAUUGUCCUGACCACGACGGAGCCGCCGGUCACCGAGACGCAAACCAAAACGGAACGAAUCACGUCCACCCGUACCAGCACAGCGAUACGCACCAGCGUCUCCACCACAACCGAGCUACUGCCAACGCCAGUCUACACCACCCUCACGGACACGACCACCGUCACCAGGGUUACGGCCACACCGCAGCCAACUACGAUCGUACGAACGCAAACCGUACCGAUCACGACAACGGUCACGCUAUCCUGCACCCCGACGCUAUCCUACCUGCCACCGGUACCGGCGACCUGUCCACCGACCAGGGAGUAUCUGCCACCCGCGAAUGACUAUCUGCCACCGCCACCGCCAGCAGAACCACCAGUAAGCUAUCGUGCCGCCCAGCAGAAGAAGGACGUUUCGUAUCUGCUAUCGCGCAAGAACCUAUACCAGCUGCUGUAGAGAGUUUGGUGAAAUUCGCUUUACAACACAAUAAAACACUACCAUUACCGACAGUGAGCA